CAAUAAGUCGUUCAGUCGGUAUAUGUUUCAGUUCGUAGUAUAAUGCAUGUUGUCAUCAUAAAAAAUCGAAUGAACUAAAACACAUUACGGCAAUGUUUAAACCCAUUUUUUUAGCAACAAUUUUAGGAGUAACAAUUUGGUCAAUACAAGCAAUAAGCACUAAGGAAUCAGAAUGUAAAGAGGAAUUAGAACAAGAAAUACGCGAAUAUGUUAAAUUCGAUGGUUGGCAGAAAAUCUUUUCACGACAUUUUAAAUUUAUUGUCAAUGAAAAUGGUGAAGUUUUAAGUGAAAGGAAACGAUUGAAAUUUAAUACAAUUAUACAUAAUGCACUAUAUGGGUGCAACCAUGAAAGAGACGAUGAAGUAGAUGACUGUCCAAAUGUAUAUCAUGGAAGUAUAAGGUCAUGUAAACAUGGGCAAAAUAUAAGAUCUGCCAUGUUUAGGGCAGUGAGAUGUAAUUUUGUUGAAUCUUCCGUCAAACAUUUAGUUCUAAGUGAUGCUUUAUUAAAUACGUAUCCAUUUAACAAGUAUGACAAAAUAUCUGCGCAUGUCGAUAAACCAAUUAGAGAAUUUGGUGAAAAUGUUGUCAACAUGCUGAGCAUACUUUCUCACGGUGAAACAAAAGGAUUUGGUGAAUUAAUGGCUUUAAAUUUAUACUUAAACAAUGUAUAUAAUACUGUUUUCAUACAAAAGAUACCAGUAGAACCAGUGAUGUCUUCAGUUGAUUUAGAAAUUGCUAAGAAACAUAUAGAAAAGGUUCAUAGUAUGAUUUUAGAUAAAUUAUACACAUUUUGGGACACAUGGUGUAGCGACAAAGACAUAGUGACUCAAUAUCGAUUGAAGUAUAAUAACGAUGAUUACAUAGUUUUAUUAGACGAAAUGAACAAAAAUAUCGAAGAUACUGACGAUUUUAUACAUAGUUUAAAUGUUUCUGAUAACGUAGUGGAUUUAGAUUUUGAUCCAAAAAGGAUAGCGCUAACAGGUUUUGUGAACCAUCUAAUUACACAUAUACCAAUGCCAAACGAAUUUUUGAUUGACUUGAAGUUAAAAUCUUUUGAGGCAACGUAUGAAUUUAACCCACGUGCAAUGUACACGUAUCAUGAGUCCGUAUUCAAAACGUUAUACAUUUAUUUUUAUUGGACAACAAUAACACACUUAAAACUAGGUAUUCAAUUUAUAGACGAAAUGGAAAAUUAUGAAUUAGAAAAAUACCAAAGAAGUUUUACAAAAAAUUUCAUCAGAUAUAUACGACCACUAUCAGUAUUCAAUAUUAGCCGAUUACAGUUUCCAUUAAUAUUAUCUUCCAAGGCUUCAAAAAAUUUAACUAGUUUACUUUCCUUUUUCUUAAAAUAUUUUGAUGAUUUAAAAAAUACUAAUUUAAAAGACGUGAUUUUAUUAUCAAGACUAGAAAUUCAGAAAUUCAUAAAUGUAUUAAGUGCUGACAUGGAAACUAUGUUAAAUAUGAAAGCACCAGCUAAUUAUUAUUUUGAUUCUAUAAGUUAUGAAAACGUAUUGAAGUUAAUGCAAUCAAACUACCGAGUAUUUAAUCGUUUAGUUUUAGCAGUAAGUGGGUUCAAAGAAGAUCGAAUGAAUGUGAUUAAACUAAAGAAAUGUUUCUUUUAUUUGUCCGAAGCCAUAGAUUUUGAAAGUGAUUAAUUAUUGUAAUUUUUAUCAUUAAAUUAUAAUAAUAUAACA